GCGAUACUGGGAACAGGAUUAAACAUUUAAGCAAAAACCAACUGGAGGGGUUAACCAAAGUUAUUUGUUCAGAAGAAAUAGCGAUACUAAAAACAACAUUAAACAUUAAAGCAAGCUGGUCUCCUUGGCGUUGUCCUGCAUAGCUUGGUUUUCAACUCUCAGACUUGCAGGUUCAACUCCACCAUCAGGGACCAAAUCCAAAGUCUCCCCUAAAAUACCAAGACCGGUUGCAACCGACCCAAGCAUCAAAAGAUUAAGUAGUCGAGCGGUCGUGUGACUUGAGCUAGGUGACAUUGCUUCUGCUUUAGAAGAAGAUAUAAAUUUCUUUUUACAACGUAAUGGCGCGUUUUCAAAUUACAGUAUCACUCUCCAGCUUCAGUUACUAGGACAGCUUGACGGUGGUGGCCAUUUCCAUUGCAGUGUACUGCCGUGGUGUGCGAGGCUAUCUCCUCCAUUGACAAAGCCACCGUAAAUAUAUUUCUUCAAAGGUUUUUACGCUGCCCCAAAACUGCAAACCUGGUAUCAUUCCAAUUUAGCUACCUCGGGUGAGGGGAAAACGGAGUUUCUUUAACUUUUCAAGGAAGUAUUUGCGUUUGCUUGCACUGAAGGAUUAGAAAUGGCUUUAGGUAUGAAGGAAUGGAUAGAAAAGAUACUGGAGCCGCUGAAGAACGAUGGUGUAACAACAAUCGUUCUUGAUGGUAUGCGUGGAGCAUGGAAAACGUGGACGGCAAGAGAGAUAAGCAUGAAGAGAGACUUAAUCCAUGACAUUCUAUGGGUGUAUCUGAAUAAACAAUAUGACAGCAGCUCUCUACUUAAGAACAUUGCCGGCCAGCUAUCUCUAAUCUCUAUUCCUGAGGAAUAUGAUGACGAUGACGUCAAGGUGGAGGAGGAGAACAUGAGGUUGGAAUUGAAACAGAGAAUAGCCAUCAAACUUAAAGGAUUGAUAUCCGCAGCACAUAAAGAAGACAAAUAUUUUCUACUAAUCCUGGAUGAUGUUCCUUACGAGCGGUCUGUGAAAGACAUUAUCUCAGAACUGAAGACGCUGCCGGGUUUGAAUGAUAUGAGUUCUUUUAAGGUUUUAAUAACUAGAGAUGAUGGUGACAAAAAGCGCAACGCAGAGGAGAAGCGCACCACAGAGGAGGAGCACGGAGCAAUUCAGACCAUCCACACAAACGUAGAUCAAUUGUCUACAGAAGAGUCAAAGCUUUUAUUGAAAGAAAAUAUCAAGAAAGUAUUUUCCGACUCUCCGGGCUUUGAAAUGUUAUCCAAGGUGAUUGUGGAGAUGAGAAAGUCCAUGCCUAGUGAAAUCAUCGCAAUGGCAAAAGCAUUCAACUCUGUUGAACAUAUUGGUUCUGGGGUUUGGUCAUUGGAAAGUGUUUCGGAAGCAGCAGCUGAUGAUGAGAGAGCUGCAAUAAAUCUGCUACAUCGUGCUUGGUAUGACACGUUGCCAAGCGGUGUUCUGGCAGACUGUUUUUGGCAUAGCAUGCAAUUUUUCAGCAAUAAUGUCUGUCUGCAUUACAAAGAGUUGAUCACUCAUUGGAUAAUGGAAGGGUAUGUCGGAUGCAUUGAUCAUAUCGAGAAAGCCUAUGAGCAAGGACAUUGCAUUCUGAUGGAGCUUAUAGAUCGUGGCAUGCUAAGACGCCAGGAGAAUAAUAUCAUGGGAGGAAUCUUUUCAAGUAUAGCUGAUCACCGCCGUCGUGGGUUUACUGGGACUGCAAGCCUGGGAUUGGUUAAUGUGUUUGCAAAUUCCAAGUGGGAAGGUCUUGGGAGGCUCACACACACUGAUGGUAUGAUAAAAUCGCCGUGCAGUGCUAAAACCUGGGGAAAAGUCUCUACACUUGUGAUGGAUGGACGCUGCCUCAGUAGAGAAGUCCCUGAAAAAUAUUUUCAACCAAUGCAGGAGCUCCGGAUAUUAACUGUAUUGAAUCCCAGGUUCAGAUCUCUACCCUUGUCCUUGACAAGCUUAAAGAACCUUUCUAUUCUUGUGCUCAGAUGCUGUGAUCUCUUGGAGAAAAUUGAUCACCUCCGAGAAUUUAAAAACUUAAAUGUUCUUGAGAUAUCUGGUGCUACCUGCUUGGAGAAAAUCGAUGAUGAUCUUUUCACAGACAUGCCUCACCUUCGAAGCCUUAACCUUUCUGGUGCCAAUAUCAAAUCACUACCUGGUUCUCUCUUUCAAAAAACUGAACUACGGUGGCUCAUCCUUAGAGGUUGUUCUCAAUUGACAGAGCUUCCAAGCUUGAAAUCGUUUGAAAACCUCCAGGUGCUUGAUCUUCAUGGUGCUACAUCUUUCAAAAAGUUUCAAGACAAAACCUUUGCUCCGCUUCAGAAACUUCAGUUAAUUGAUCUUUCCAAUUCCCAAAUUAGUCGCCUACCUUUUCUUCACAAUCUUGGUGAUCUCACUCGGCUUCUAUUAGCUGGUUGCAGAAGCUUAAAAAGACUGCCCAUCUUGAACACACUAACUCAGCUUCAAAUUCUUGAUCUUUCGGGUGCUACAAGUUUACAAGAAAUACAAAAAGAACCAUUGGAUGGCCUUAAAGUCCUUGAUUUAUCUCAGACUCAAAUUAGUUGUCUGCCUUCAAGUGUUAGCAACCUUUCUGAUCUUGUCUUAAGAGAUUGUUCUCAUCUUGUAAAACUGCCCCCCAUAGGAGCAACUAAAGAGCUUGAACAGCUUGACCUUUCCGGCUCAAGAAAUCUGGCUGAAAUUGAAGACAAAUCCUUACAACAUAUGAGGUUCCUUCGAGUUCUCAACUUUUCGAAAGCCAAAGUAAAAGAAUUACCAUCUUUGUCCAACCUAGUUAACCUUCGCCAACUCCUGUUAAUGGACUGUACGGUUCUAGAGAAACUGCCUGCGAUGGAGGGCCUUCUCAGACUCCAGGUUCUCAAUCUUUCUGGUUGUGUGGCAUUGGUUGAUUUGCCCCACCUGAAUGCCCUUGAAAAAUUAGAGAUUCUUGAUGUUUCAGGUUGUACGGCAUUGAAAGGAAUACAUGAAAAGUCCUUUGAAAAUAUGUCAUGUAUUCGUACACUCAACCUCUCAGACUCUAAAAUUGAGUUUCUACCGUCCCUUCCCAAAGCCAGAAUCUUCUGUCAUCUCAUACUCAGAAAUUGCAGCAACCUAAAAAAGCUCCCUCCUCUUGAACAUCUGUCAAAACUUGAGGAACUUGAUCUAUGCGGUGCCAUUUCUUUAGUUGACUUUGAAGCUGGGUUCUUGGAGCAUAUGGAUGACCUUAGAAUUCUCAACCUAACAGGAAUCCCACUUACAAUGCUACCGUCCAUGUCCAGACUCACCAACCUCAGACAACUCGCACUAAAAGGUUGUUCGUCGAUGGAAACAGUGCAAAACCUAGAAGCACUAACACUACUUGAGAUUCUUGAUCUUUCUGGAACAGCAAUUGGGAGUCUGCCACCUCUAAACACUUUUAGCAACCUCGUCCAACUCUUGCUGAAAGAUUGUUCACGGAUAGAAGAGUUGCUGCUGCUAGGAUCACUUAGUCGUCUGGAGGUUCUGGAUCUUUCAGGAACCAGAAUGAAAAAAUUUCCCUAUGAGAUAUCUGAAUUGACUAAUUUAAAGCACCUUUAUCUUCCAGACGUGAGGAGUAUGCAUGAUCUGGAUGUUGGAAAGAUAAAGCGUAUACCACAAGAGGUCAACUGGGAUCAAUGUGGUAUCUUUGAGCAUGCUGAUAUCUUUUGUGACAAUGACAAACCUUCCAUAUCUGUAAGUGGAACGGAAAUUUUUCAGUUUUUGGACAAAAAUCCCAAGGUGUGGGAAACAAAGUUCAAAAAAUUUUGUUUCUUUGUAACCAAGAAGCAAGGUGAAGAUGGAGAUAUCAUCUUCUGCAAAGAUGAAAUUGUCAAAGAUGUGUACUCAAGCACCAGACACUUGUGUUUUCCUGAAGAGCAUGAUCGGUCUUUGGAAAUCCAUGGAUCAUAUGGUCUUCUUCCUUUCAUAACUGCAUUCCUCAAGCAUUCCGACUGCAUAUCUUUGGUUGACAAUGACAUUAUAAGUUGCCUAUCUGAUUUAGGUGCUGACGUUGUGGAGGUAAUGAAGGGCUGUUGGAUAGAGAGAUGCAGUAAAAUUGAGAGCAUUCUCUGUGGAGAAGAGGCAAAUGUCAGACUGGGGAGAAGUUUAGAGAUUCUAUGGGUUUCGAACCUUCCGAAGUUGAGAAGUCUAUACAAUGGGAAUGCGGAACCAGAGUGCUUUAAGAAUCUUAAACAGUUGUUUCUAGAUUGUUGUCCAAUGAUUGUGAAUGUCUUUCCCUCAUCCCAGCUUCCAGAAAACCUCGGAAUUCUCCAUGUGCAAUUUUGUGAUAGAUUGCAAACUUUGGUUGAAUGUGAUACACCAUCUAAGUAUACAUUCAAAAAGUUAAGGACACUGUAUCUGUUGGAACUGCCAAAGUUGACGAGCAUUGGGAUUGAAUUGCCAGAUCAAGUGGAUGUCGAAGCUAUGGAAUGCCCUAAGUUUACGAAGGACCCUCCUGCUAUGGUCGACUAGAUCAGCUGACUUUGGAAGCAAGCUGUGAACAUCUCUGAACGAAUUAGAAAAUGGGCGAUAUUUGGUUGGAAAGCCCUGGAAGUCUUCUUUCUCAUGGUCUUUACAGCUUGUGAUUCGGAGUUUUCUACAAGAAGUUAUGACAGAAUUAAAAGGAGCUGUUCAGUUACAAAAAAGUCUCAUAGGAUACUUAUUCAUAAUGUACUUUCCCUUCAAUUAAGGGAGUUUGCUUUUCUUGUUAUUGUAAAUAGAUAAGGAGUGUUUUUAAGGAGUGAUUCAAGGAGAGUGUUUUAUGGAUUGAUUCAAGGAGAGUGUUUUAAGGAGUGAUUCAAGGAGAGUGUUUUAUGGAUUGAUUCAAGGAGAGUGUUUUAAGGAGUGAUUCAAGGAGAGUGUUUUAAGGAGAGUGUUUUAAGGAGUGUUUCAAGGAGUGAUUCAAGGAGUGAUGUUUCUUCACUCUCCUCUCUUUUCUUUUCUCUCCUAUAUAAGUCUUAGGAGAAGAAGGGAAAAAAGACUCAACAUGAAAAUAGGAGAGACAACAUCAAAGAGAGGAGAGGAGGAGGAGUCUUCAACCUUGAGCCGUUUCUAGGUUCUAUCCUUCUUAACUUUUUAUGUUUAAUUUAGAUUGUUUUUCAGUUAUGAUGAACACGUGUAACCAAAUUUUUAGUAGUUAGGGGUUGUUUUGAAGCCCCUAAUAUCAUUGCAAGUUUGUUAUGACAUUUCGUUGGAAUUAUUUUUAUGAAUGGAUGAAAUUGGUUCACUACUUAUGUCAUUGAUGAAUUCUUUAUAUGUUUUCUAUGGAUGCAUACUUAGUAAACAUUUCUAGGAUUAUAAAACUAUGAAUAUAUGUGUAUCUACCCUUGUCGAAUGAGGACCUACAUAUGUUAUAGAGUAGUACUUGUUAAUUGCGAUUAACAU